UGUUAGUGGCCACUCGACCAUCUUGUCUUUAUAAUAGAACAUCUUUGGUGACCGGUCGAAACAAGGAAGUGAAAUUUUUGCUUGAAAACAUCUUGCAAAGUGAAGAAUCCUCAUGUUUUAAACUUAGUUACCGGACUGGACAAUGCUUUUCCAUUCGUUAAAGUUAACAGAUUGACAGCUUUAUCGUGAACGAAAACCUUUUUAUCUUAUUUUGAAAUGAUUUAUGAGUUGAUCAGUUCGAUGGCUAUAUUAGGGCGCUCGAAAUGUAUUCGUUGUGCAUUAGUCAUUACAAUUCUCUCCAUUAUUAUAGCCACUGGACAAAGUCUUGAGCUCCUCGGGAUGGUGCGUCCUUUGCCCAGUGUGCUUGGAGUCCUGUCUCUGGGUGGAAUGGCGCUGCUUUGGAGGGACAUAAGCUCGAAAGUGAAAGGAGAGAACCGGACUUUGAGCAGUCUGCUAAGCCAGUAUUUUGCCGUGAAGGUUGUGGGUUGGCUGGGUAAGCGGCAAAGAAGGAAACUGGAAGCCGAUACGCAGAAUAUACGGCAAGUUCAAGAGGAAACUCUUCUAAAGCGCCUGCGCAAGAACGCUAACACAUGUUAUGGAAAGCAGUAUGAUUUUAGCUCAAUCAAAGACUGUGAGGCCUUUCGUACACGUCACCCAGUGACGACGUAUGAGCACUAUCGUGAGCUGGUGACGCGAGUGGCGGCUGGAGAAGAGAAGGUCCUCAUAGCUGAGAAACCCCUUAUCUUAGCCAUGACAUCGGGUACAUCUGGGGCCAGCGCCAUGCUGCUGAGCACCAAGGACACCAACACAGAGUUCUUCCUACAGGGCGUGGCUGUGUGUCUGGAUGCCAUGCGGCGUGCGUUCCCGGCCAGCGACAGCCUCCAGCGCACCACCAAGCUCUUCUACUCGCCCACCUUUCGCCAGUCUGAGGCAGGCAUCCCCAUUGGGCCUAACUCCUCCACCCCGGCUUCGUCCCGCCACAUGCUCAACCUAUACACCACACCCGCACCCGCCUUCCAGGUGCCCAGUGAGAGAGACACCCUCUACCUGCACCUCCUCUUUGCACUCAAAGACCCCAGCGUGGGCACCCUGGAGUCCAACUUCGCCUCCACUGUCUUUUAUGCCUUCAGUGCCCUCCAGGAGCGUUGGCAGGAGCUGGUGGAGGACAUCAAGCUGGGUCGAGUCAGCCCUGCUCUGACCCUGGAGCCAGGGGUGAGGGCCAGCCUGGAGGGCCAGAUGAAGCCAGACCCGGAGCGCGCCACCCAGCUCCGGACCCACUUCCAGCAGGGCUUUGUGGGCAUCGUGCGGCGCCUCUGGCCCCAGCUCAACCUGGUGCUGGCUGUGGACUCUGGAUCUAAUCAGAUCUAUGGGGAGAUGCUGCGGGAGCGCUACUGCCAGGGGAUUCCCUUCUACUCACCCUUCUACGCCGCCACCGAGGGUCUGAUUGGGGUGAACCUGUGGCCUGAGGAGGAGCGGAGGAGGUACUUGCUGUGUCCUCGCUCUAUGUUCUGUGAGUUCCUCCCAGAGGCCAGUUUGGACCAGGAGACGCCUGAGAAACACACACUUCUCAUGGAGGAAGUGCAGGAGGGACACAGCUAUGAGCUGGUCGUCACCAACGCAUCUGGACUCUUCAGAUAUCGUAUGGGAGAUAUCGUAACAGUGGUUGGCUUCCACAAUCAGUGUCCAGUUGUAGAAUUUCAAUACAGGCGGGGUCAGAUGCUGAGCGUGCGGGGGGAGAAGGUGUCUGAGGUGAUGUUUCUGGGGGCUCUGAAGCGAGCCAUCAGCCAGUGGCCCGGGGCUCAGCUAGUUGACUACUGCUGCGCAGAGAGCGCCAUAAUGGGAGAGUCUUGUGGAGGUUCUGAUCCUCACUAUCAAGUGUUUGUGGAGCUAAAGGGGGUGAGGAACUUGACAGAGGAGCAACGCUACAAGUUGGACCAGUGUGUCCAGGAGGACUCGGCUGUCUACAAGUCGUUCCGGUUCAAAGGCAGCAUUGGACCAAUGAGAGUGCAGAUGGUGGCAGAGGGUGCAUUCAAGGAACUGCGUAAACAAAUGAUGGCCUUCUCCAACACCUCGCCCAACACGUUCAAAAUGCACCGCGUACUACGCAGAAAGGAGUACGCUGACUUCUUGUUAGGGAAGACCAUCUGAACGGCAUUAUGGGAGGUGAACUCGACCGGAAACUGGAGACGUGUGUGUUGUGCACUGCAACCGUGGAGAGGAAUAUUAUUCUCUAUGAAAGUGAAUGUAAUUUGUUGACAUAGUCAUUUUAGGAGACAGGCAAUUUGUGAAAAUGACAAAUGACAACUAUCGUUUGGUAACCCACUGAACAGCUACAGCGACAAGGGUAUUUAAAAUCAUAUGAGGACUUCUGCUUUUUUAUAAUGGACAUCUAUGUGUCAGAAAUGAAGUUCAACUGGUUGUCUUGUCAACAUUCUCUACCCCUUACGUGGUGAAAAUCAGUAUCUUUCCCUCCAGACUUAAACAAAAAAUCACUCAAGUCUUUCGACAAUAAUGGAACAACUGAUUGUAAAUCCACAGGCAUCUAAUGCCCACUCCUUCAGUGAAGACAAUUUUCUUACUCUUUUGGACAGUUAAACUUGUGCUGGAUAAACUUUAAACACAAUGUUUAUGGACAUUAUAAUAUGUUACAUUUUGUUUGCCCCUAUCUUGUCCAACUUCAUGGACUGACUUUGCCCUUUGAACCUUGACAUUCACAGACAAAAUUCAGUCUUGUACAACAAUGAUUUUUAUUUGCAAAUAAAAGUGGUAAUAGUG